UCCCUCCCUAUCUUACGUACUAUUAAUUAAUGUUUAAAUUCUUGCAAUAUUUUUUAAUGCUUAGGCAUCUCCACUAAGAUAUGAUUUGGAGGAAGAAUUUGAAAGCCAUGAGAAAAGGAUGGAAGAAAUGCAAAAGACCAAAGGAAAGCAAACGGAGCAAGAUGAUGAGGAGUAUAAAGAAGACUUAGAAGAGGAGGAAAAGGAAGAUGAUGAGGAAGAUGAUAUUGAUGAUAGUCUUGGUAAAAGCAACGAGGGGAAUAUCACUAGAGCUAAAGAAAGCACAACAAAUAGAACUAAAAAAAGGGGAAGAGUUUCUCAGAAGAAUCAACCUCCUGAGGUCAAUGAACAAUCUCAACCUCAAGGCACUCAAGGAAAACCAAGGGGUAAAACUUCUGAAGCUUAGAAAUAUUUUGUGUGCUUUAUUGGUCUUGAUGGGAAACAAAAGGGGAGGUGUAAAUGGUGUAGUGCUGUCAUAAGAGCUUGUUCUUCAAAUAAUGGGACUUCAGGCCUUAAGAAACAUAUAACUAGAUG